UGUAAAGUGGAACUGUGGGGAGUUCACUUACUGUAUUUAUAUUUAUAUAUUUUAACGAAGCAUGGCCGAAGAAAGUGCAGUGAAAGUGUGUGUGCGAGUUCGCCCACUUAUUCAGCGGGAAAAAGCUUCACAGCAGAAUGAGUCUGUUCAGUUGUAUUGGAAGGCAGAUAAACAGACUGUUUCUCAGACAGAUGGAACUAAAUCCUAUAAUUUUGAUCGGGUGUUCUGCUCUGAUGAAACAACAAAGCAAGUAUAUGAAGAAGUUGCAGCAUCGGUAGUACGUUCUGCAGUACUGGGUUAUAAUGGAACUAUUUUUGCUUAUGGGCAGACUUCCUCAGGCAAGACCUACACAAUGAUGGGGUUUGAAGAAUGUCGUGGCAUCAUACCCCAGGCCAUUAAUAACGUCUUUGAAAUCAUCAAACAGAGUGUGAACAGAGAGUUUCUACUCAGAGUAUCUUACAUGGAAAUCUAUAAUGAAACUGUCACUGACCUUCUUUGUGAUGCAUUAAAAAAGAAGCCAUUAGAAAUUCGAGAAGAUAUAAAUAGAACUAUAUAUGUAGCUGACCUAACAGAAGAGCUUUGCAACAGUGAAACUCAAAUCAUAAAAUGGCUGAAAAAGGGAGAAAAAAAUCGACAUUAUGCAGAAACCAGGAUGAAUGAACGUAGUAGCCGUUCUCAUACAAUUUUUAGGAUGAUUAUCGAGAGCAGAGAAAAAACAGAAAAUGCCACAGCUGAGAAUGCUGAUAUUGAUGGAGCUGUUAUGGUUUCUCAUUUGAAUUUGGUUGAUCUUGCUGGAAGUGAAAGAGCUAGCCAAACAGGAGCUGAAGGUGUAAGACUUAAGGAGGGCUGCAACAUAAAUCGCAGUCUGUUUAUCCUGGGCCAGGUCAUCAAGAAGCUUACAGAUGGGCAAGCUGGAGGAUUUGUGAAUUACAGAGACAGCAAAUUGACUCGAAUUCUGCAGAAUUCACUGGGUGGCAAUGCCAAAACUGUCAUUAUAUGCACUGUUACUCCAGUCUCUUAUGAUGAAACAUUAAGCACUCUUCAGUUUGCAAGUACAGCAAAAUAUAUGAAGAAUACUCCUCACGUUAAUGAAGUGCUUGAUGACCAAGCCUUGUUAAAGAGGUAUCGUAAAGAAAUUCUCGAACUCAAGAGACUUUUACAAGAUGUGUCGUCUUCAUCUCAAGUCCAGGCUUCUGAGAAGGAAGAACUACUGCGGAUCCAAAUGGAACAGCUUCAAAAAGAGCAGCAGGAUAGGAUAAGGAAUCUGUAUACAUUAAUCAUCUCUUCAUCGGCUGAUGCUUCACUUCAAGACCAAAGGCUUAGAAGAAAAAGAAGGGAAACUUGGGCUCCAGGUAAACUGAAGCACAGCUUACAGCCUUCCAGCUUUGAAACCUGCAUGAAGCUGCAGCCAGAAAAGAAACUGCGUAUUAAUGACUUAUCUACAGUCCCAGAGAUGGAUGAUAGUUAUUCAACUGAAUGUGCUGAGUGGGAAGAAGCCUGGGUCCAUCCUUUUGACGACGCACCUCCUGAAUUAGAGCCUAGUGGUUUUGUGACUGUUCAGCGGCCUAGGUCUGCUUUCCAAUCAACUAUGAUUGAAGAGUGUUAUGAAUUUCCCAGCCAAGUAAGUGUUUCAGAUCAGGAGUUUUCUCCAUCAAGACAGAAAGAAAUUGAGUUGAAGUGUGCACAGCUAGAGCAACAAAUUAACCUUUUAACUAGUGAAAAAAAUGAUGAACAUGAAAAAAGAUCGUGUCUUGAGAAGAAAAUUGUGGAAUUAGAACAAGAACUUCUCUGCCAAGCAAGAUGUGCUGAAGAAUUGAAAAAAGCAGCUGAAAAGAACAAUGAAGUGGACCAGUAUCAGGGUCAGGUAUGCAAGAAGCAGUUUGACCAAGAAAAACAUUUGCCUAAUGAUGAGCAGUUAAAUGCUGAGCAGGUUCAAAGGUGUACAGAAGUUGAAGCUUUUCAGCUGAAGAGUGAUGACUUGCAGACAGAGUUUGAGCCUAGCAUUAAAGAGAAGUCGUUCUCAUCAGCACCUGAUCCCUGGUGUAAAGAGAAGGAGGAUUUACUUGAAAAAUUAGAGGCUGCAGCUAAAGAGAAAAGAGAAUUGGCUGAGAAAAUUAUACUCCUUGAAAAAACAAUUGAAUCAGGGAAAAAGCUGCAGGCCGAGGAUGAAGAGGAGAAUAAAUUGAACAUUAUUGAUUCAGACAAAACUGGCACUGUGGAAAAUUUGGCAUCUAAGACUGUUGUAUUUUGUGAAGAAAAUGCUUCAUUGUUUGAAAAGGUGGACUACAGUGUGCUGGAGGAGCAAAGCCUGUGCCUGGAUAAAAGUACAGUUUUGAGGAAGACUGUUUUAAUGGACGUGAAUCGAGAAAAGGACUUCAUCGAAAGCAUCCAGAUUUGUGAAGCUUUAAUGGCAGAGAAGGAGAGUUUAUAUGCACAAUUGGAUGCUUUAGUUUUGGAGAAUGAAAACCUGAAGAGGGAGCUGCAAGUUGCAGAAGAGCAGCUUAAAGAGAAGAGUGAACUGAAUGAGUUUGAGACCUUGGAGAAUGAAACUUGGAAGCAUGAAGAGGCUCAGCUCUUGCAUGAAAUUGCGAAACUAAAGAGCAUAGUUGAAAAUGCAGAAGCGUACAACAAAGAACUGGAGGAUGAGUUGCAGGUUGAAAAAAUUAAAGCCGUGGAAAAAGAAAAGCAGACUACAGAAAUGAGAGACCAGCUGGAGAAGCAGAUGCAUCGGCUCCAAAACCUAGAAGAAGUUGUUGUACAUGCUGGGAAUGGAGAUCUACUUGAGCAAGUAAACCAACUGAAAAGAACCGUUACAGAUGCUGAAAUGCUAACUUUGGAUUCUAAGAGGGAGGCUGCCAUACUUAGAAGUGAAAAUCUUGAGCUGAAGGAGAAAAUGGAACAAUUGUCUUCUGUUUACCAGCAAAUGGAAAAGGACCUACAGACUUGUCAAAUUCAGUUGCAAGCUGAAAAAUCUCGCUUCAAACAAAUGCAGUUUGAUUGUCAGAAAGAACUUAAGGAUGCAUUUAAUGAAAAUAUGGAAUUAAGACAGCUACUUAAUGGCAAAAUUCCUGCAGAUUUUAUAAGUCAUGCAGAGCUGGAAAAGGAGUUGUUGGAGCUUAAGAAAAAGUUACAGAGAGAAUCUGAAGAAAAACAGAGUUUGGAAGAUAAACUAAGCAGUUUGUCUGAAUGUCAGUUCUUGCCAGCAAAAGUGGAGGAACAAACAGUACAGCUUGCAGAUAUAAAUGAAAGGCUGGAAGAGAAGUGUGCUGCUUAUGACCACCUUCUAGGUGAACAUACCCAGCUGUCUGAGAGAAAUGUACAUCUGCUGAAUGAACUGGAGGCACUUAAGGGCGAUCUGACUACUGCGAUGACCAAGUUCCAAGCAGCUGACCUUGAGAGAGUAGAGUUAAAACAGAAGUAUCAACAGUUAGAGGGAGACAUUGCAGUUCAGACCAAAGAAGAAGAAGAUAUCCACCAGGCACUAGAGGACUUAAGAAAUGAGAAGCAACAGUAUGAAAAACUCAGUAAAGAAAAUGACACGAGGCUUGCAGAUGUAAGUGAAAAGCUGAAACAGAAAUGUGCAGCAUAUGAUCUUGUCCUGAGUGAACUGGAAAGACUGAAGGACAGCCAAACUAUUUCUGUGAAUGCAUCGGAAGUAGCUAAUCUGGAGAAUGGUGAAAUAGGUCAGACUCGUCAACUAGAGGACACCAUUGAAACUCUCAAAAAGGAGAGAGAUGAAAUCCAGCAGGCACUGGACUGCCUAAAAAAUGAGAAAAAACUGUCUGAAACAUUCGCUCAGGAAAAAGACAGGGAGUUUGCAGAGCUAAGUGAAAGAAUGGAGCAGAAAUGUGUGGCAUAUGACCUUCUUCUGUGCAAAGAGUCCCAGCUUUAUGAGACCAACUUAAAUUUGGUGAAUGAAGUGGACAAACUAAAGGAAGAUUUAAGUAUUGCUUUGAGCAGAUUUGAGGAGGCUAAUUUGGAAAAGGUAGAGAUAAGCCAGAAAUACCAACGGCUAGAAGGAGACAGUGCAGCUCUGACAAAAGAAAGAGGGGAACUCCAGGAAGCACUUGAAAGCCUAAGAAGUGAGGAGGACAAAAGAGAGAAGCAGAUCCAGGAGAAAGACAUGCUGAUUCUCCAUCUGAAUGAAAAAAUGAAAGUAGUUACCUGUGACCAUGACAGACAGGUUUUGGAAGAAAAUGAAAGUGCCCAGAUAACCGGGAGUGACUGUCAUCAGCUUGAGCUUCUUGUUACAUCUCUUAAACAGGACAGAGAUGAGCUACAGCAAACAGUGGAGCGUGUCAGUGCUGAAAGGGAUCAGCUGAAGAUGGACUUGCAAGAGAACAUUGAAACGUCCAUUGAGGUUCAAGAUGAACUACGAAAUACUCAAGAUGAGCUUAAAAAGAAGGUUCAACUAGUGAAUGAAUUAAAGAACAAUAUUUUGAAGCAGGAAGCUGAAAUGGUCAGAAUACAGGAAAAUGCUUGUGAAAGCAAGGGAUCAGAAUACUUGCAAGAAAAGGUUCUGCACUUACAAGAAAAACUGAAUGCAGUUAAUUUGGAAUGCAGCAGACUGCAUUCAGAAAGAACAAAAGUUGAAGAUGCACUGCAUCAUGUUCAGCAUCUUGUCGGAACAAUAACACAGGAAAGGGAUAGCCUGCAGCAAAUUCUAGAAAGCAUCUCUGCUGAAAGGGAUCAGUUGAAGUCAGAUAUGGAGGAAAAAAAUGAGAUGAUGGUUCUAUUAAGUGAAGACCUGAAAGUUCUUACUGCAGAGCGUGACAGGCUGUUGUCAGAAGCAGCAGAAAACAGUAGUGCAGUGCAGCUGCAGCAACAGGAUCUCAUUUCAUCACUAACACGGGAGAAGAAUGAACUUCAAGUAGCUUUAGAAAACAUCAGUUCCGAAAGGGAUCGUUUGAAGGCAGAUAUGCUGGAAAAAACUGACAGUAUGCUUCAUCUGAGUGAAGACCUUAAAGUUCUUACUGCAGAGCGUGACAGGCUGCUGUCAGAAGCAGCAGAAAACAGUAAUACUGUGCAGCUGCAGCAACAGGAUCUCAUUUCAUCACUAACAUGGGAGAAGAAUGAACUGCAGGUAGCUUUAGAAAACAUCAGCUCCGAAAGGGAUCAUUUGAAGGCAGAUAUGCUGGAAAAAACUGACAGGAUGCUUCAUCUGAGUGAAGACCUUAAAGUUCUUACUACAGAGCGUGACAGGCUGUUGUCAGAAGCAGCAGAAAACAGUACUGUGCAGCUGCAGCAUCUGGAUCUCAUUUCAUCACUAACACGGGAGAAGAAUGAACUGCAGGCUGCUUUAGAAAACAUCAGCUCCGAAAGGGAUAGUUUGAAGGCAGAUAUGCUGGAAAAAACUGACAAGAUGCUUCAUCUGAGUGAAGACCUUAAAGUUCUUACUGCAGAGCGUGACAGGCUGUUGUCAGAAGCAGCAGAAUACAGUAGUACUGUGCAGUUGCAGCAACAGGAUCUCAUUUCAUCAUUAACACGGGAGAAGAAUGAACUGCAGGUAGCUUUAGAAAACAUCAGCUCUGAAAGGGAUCGUUUGAAGGCAGAUAUGCUGGAAAAAACUGACAGGAUGCUUCAUCUGAGUGAAGACCUUAAAGUUCUUACUGCAGAACGUGACAGGCUGUUCUCAGAAGCAGCAGAAAACAUUAGUACUGUGCAGCUGCAGCAACAGGAUCUCACUUCAUUAACACGGGAGAAGAAUGAACUGCAGGUGGCUUUAGAAAACAUCGUCUCCGAAAGGGAUCGUUUGAAGGCAGAUAUGCUGGAAAAAACUGAUAGGAUGGUUCAUUUGAGUGAAGACCUGAAAGUUCUUACGGCAGAGCGUGACAGGCUGUUGUCAGAAGCAGCAGAAAACGUUAAUACUGUGCAGCAGCAAAAGGAUCUCAUUUCAUCAUUAACACGGGAGAAGAAUGAACUGCAGGCAGCUUUAGAAAACAUCGGUUCCGAAAGGGAUCGUUUGAAGGCAGAUAUGCUGGAAAAAAGUGACAGAAUGCUUCAGUUGAGUGAAGACCUGAAAGUUGUUACUGUAGAGCGUGAGAAGUUGUUGUCAGAAAUGCAGGAGAAGAAUGAACUGCAGGCAACUUUAUAUAGCAUCAGUUCUGAAAGAGAUCGUUUGAAGGCAGAUAUGUUGGAAAAAAGUGACAGGAUGCUACAGUUAAGUGAAGACCUGCAAGUUGUUACCAGAGAACGUGAUAGACUGCUGUCAGAAAACCAAGAAAAUGAUGGAGCAAGUCACCUCCAGCAUCUUAUUACAUCAGUUACUAAAGAGAGAAAUGAGUUGCAGCAAAGUCUAGAGAACAUUCGUUCUGAAAUGGAACAGUGUAAGACUGACCUGCUGGAGAAGAGUGAGAUGGUUUCCCUUUUAACAACUGAGCUUAAACAAAGAUCCACUGAAUAUGAACAGGCUUUGAGUAAGAAAGAGCAGUUCAGGGUACAGUGUGAGGAGCUUUUAAAGGAAAUUGAAAAGUUAAAGGAGGAACGAAUGAAUGUGGAAAAUGAUGAACUGGAAAAGUUGGACAAUAUGAAGAAACUCUGUGAACUUCAAGAAGUUAUAACCAAAGUAACCAAAGAGAGAGAUGAAUUUGAAAAGCAAAUUUCAUUGAGAGUGUCUGAAUGUAACCAACUGCUGCAAGAAAAUGAAUUGCUAAAUGACCAGCAUGAAAAGCUCCUGAAGGAGGUGGAGCAUUUGAAGGAAGGACUCAAGACCACUGCAUGUAAACUAGAAACCGUGGAGCUUCAGAAGCUAGAAACCUUACAUGAGCUUCAAAAACUACAAGAAGCAGCUAAUGCUGCAGCCCAAGAAAGAAAUGAAUUACAGCAGCUGAAAACAGAGAUGCAAGACCUAAAAUCUAGCAACACCAAGUUGAUGGAAGAAUACAGUGUUGCUUCCUGGGAAUGCCAGAACCUAACCAGUGAAAUUGAACAACUGAAGAGUACUUUGCAUUACCAGCAGACCAGCAUUUCAGAACUGGAAGGAAAGAAUGAGAGUUUGUCUGAGAAACUAAAGGGAUAUGAAGACCAGACCGCUUCAGUGAUUAAAGAAAAAGGAAAACUUGAAUUUUUACUGGAGAUGCUUCAAGCUGAGAGAAACAACCUUAGCUCUUCUCUAGAAGAACAAAAGAAAGCGGUUGAAGUUACUGGCAGUGAAGUAAAACUUUUGCAAACAUCACUAAUGCUAGCAGAACAGAAAAUUGAAGAAAUGGAGAAUUUGGUUUCUGAGAAGACAACCAAGGAGUUAGACUUCAGCAGUCAGCUUGCUUCUUACGCUCAUAAGUUGGCUCAGCUUAAUGAGGUUCUGUGCAGUGAACAAAAGAAAAACCUGGAUCUCUGUGAACAGUUAAGUUUGCUGGAAAAUCAAGUUAGUUUCUUGAAAGCAGAACAGGAUACAAUCCUUAGAGAUGAUCCCUUAGCAGCUGUUACAAAGCAGGCUGCUCUUGUGGAGGAGAAAGCCCAACAAGUGCAGGAGCUUUUCAGAAAGUAUCAAGACCAAGAAAUAAGUAUCGGUGACCAGUUUACCAGUAUGGAAACCAUCUUAAAGAUUGAGCUAGAAUCUCAGAGGGAACACAUUGAAGAUAUUAAGACAGUUCUGACAUCUUCAGAAAAUAACCAACUUGAUACACUGCAGAUGGAGAAUCAAAAGCAAACUGCUCAACUACUGAGCUUACUACAGAAACUGAAGAAUGCCUGCAUCGCUGUACCUCAGAGUGGACUGAAAACUCAUAAGGCGUUUAAAGAAUAUGAUGAAGAACUAACAGCUGAAAAGAGAACACAGGAGGAACUUGUUAUCCAGAUCCGUUGUAUUGAAAAGCAUGCAUCCCACUGGGCAGAAGCAGCUGCACCUGAGCUCAAGGAGUAUGAACUGAAAAUGUUAACAGAACUGUUAGAGAAGAAAGAGCAACACAUACCAACUAUUGUUCAGCAUCUAUCUGACUCUGAGAGAACUAUUUUGGAUUGUGAAGAUUUUGUACAACAGGAGCUGCAGGCUAGGCGAAAGGUCAAUGCAUUGCUUUCAGCUUCGGCUUCAGGAUCAAUUGCUGUCAUGGAUAAAGCAGCAGAUACAUUACAGCAAGAUAAUACAAGGCUUGCUGAAGUAAUUCAGUUGUACAAAGACAAACUAAAGGCAACUCUGAAGUUCAUCCAUAGUCUGACAAGCAAAAAUGCAACACAUUUCAGGCAGUGUGAGAAACAGCUGAAGAAGGAAAGAAGUGAAAAUAAAGAACUGUUUCAGAAGUUGCAGAAUUUGAAAGAAACAUUAGCACCAAGCAGUUCUGCUUUUAAGUUACUGGAAGAUGAACAUCAGCGAACUAUAAAUAAACUGAAAGCAGCGGAACAGGACUUGAAGGUGAUGCAAAAGAAACUUCAGGAUUUGGAAUCCAAGCUACGUUCAUCUCAUGAAAAUACAGUGCAGCAUGAGACUCGCAUUCAAAAUGAACAGCUGAAAUGUAAAACUGCUGAAAAUAAGCUAAGAGAGGUUAAGAGUCACCUUGCUGAGAAAGAAAUGAUUAUAGGAACCUUUCAGAAAGAUGUUGAGGCUCUUAAGGCUAAAGUGACUGAAGGGGCAAAACCCUAUGAAGAAGAGAUUACUAAUCUGAAAAACCAGCUUGUUAAAGCAGACCUUGAAAGAAUGAAAAUGACAAAAAUACACGAGCAAGAGUAUGCUACAUUGAAAGCAAAUUUGGAAUAUAAAGAAACAACACUUAGGAGACUAAAAGAAGAGCUGCGAAAAGCACAGGACUGCCAAGAUUCUUCAGGUACCAAAAUAAUGUGUAGUUUUAAUUACCCUGAUUUAAAGCAGAAUGCAGCGUGA